AUGGGAUCAGUAUCACUGAAAAUAGGAGAUGGAACAGCCAGAUUCAAGAGAGCAAGUUUCUUUUCAUCAGCAGUGAACAUUCUCAUGCUCUUCUCUGUUUUAACCACUAAUCUUUUUGCAUUAUAUGCCUUCACAUCUUCUCCAAAAGAACAUCAAAAUCAUCUCGUUCACAAUCCCCAUAAAAACAUAUCUUUGAUCUCUGAGCAUGUCUCCUUAAUACUAAGAGAGAUCGCCUCUUCUCAGAAAAAGCUUGCCAAGAUGGAAAAGGAGCUUUUGGGCUAUGAAACUAUAGAUAUUUCGAGGCCCAAUAUUGCAAGUGAGCUCAAAUUGUUUUUACAACACCAUCAACUCCCUCUUGGUAAAGAUUCAAGAACUGGGAUCACUGAAAUGGUGGCCUCUGUAGGUCAUUCUUGUGAGAAAUCUGCAGACUUGUUGUCUCAGUACAUGGCUUACAAGGUUUCUGGGCCUUGUCCCGAUGAUUGGAGUCUUGGCCAGAAGUUGAUUUUGCGUGGAUGUGAGCCUUUGCCCAGAAGGAGAUGCUUUGCCAAGUCUGUUCCAAAGUUGGGUCUUUAUCGUUUUCCUGAUUCACUCUGGAAACCUGUUAGUGAAAAGAUUUUAACUUGGAGUGGUCUAGGUUGCAAGAAUUUUGAGUGCUUGAAUAAAAAGAAAUUGAGUAGGGAUUGUUUUGGUUGCUUUAAUAUUACUAGUGGUUUUGAGACUCAAAAGUUUGUUAAAGCUAGAGGCAAGAAUGAUUUUCUUAUUGAUGAUGUGUUAGAUUUAUCAAGUGGAGGAAUUAGAAUUGGAUUUGACAUUGGUGGCGGGUCUGGAACUUUUGCUGCUAGAAUGGCAGGGAGAAAUGUGACUGUGAUUACUAAUACUUUGAAUGCGGAUGCUCCAUUUAGUGAAUUUAUUGCAGCAAGAGGGCUUUUCCCUUUGUAUUUGAGUUUAGAUCAUAGGUUCCCUUUCUAUGAUAAUGUGUUUGAUAUAAUUCAUGCUUCUAGCGGAUUGGAUGGAGGGGAGAAACCUGAAAAAUUGGAGUUCUUAAUGUUUGAUAUCGAUCGAAUUCUGAGGGCUGGUGGAUUGCUUUGGUUGGAUAACUUCUACUGUGCAAAUGAUGAGAAGAAAACAGCUUUGACUCGAUUGAUUGAGCGGUUCGGGUAUAAGAAGCUGAAAUGGGUUGUGGGUGAGAAGGUAGACACAGCUGGGUCAGGGAAAUCGGAAGUUUAUUUGUCUGCCGUGCUACAAAAGCCAGCGAGAGUGUGA